UGGAGUGUUACUGUCCUGUUGCUGUUAUGGAGGACUCUGUGCAAGAUGGAGUCUCUUCUCCAGCCACACCAGGAGCAAGUAAAUCAAAACUGGACACAUUACCAAAGGAGGAUCUCAUCAAAUUUGCAAAGAAACAGAUGAUGCUUAUCCAGAAAGUUAAAGCAAGAUGUACAGAGCUAGAAAAAGAGAUUGAAGUCCUUAAAUCAAAUCCUCUCACAGAUGAAGCAGAUGUUGUACAGGCACUUAGUGAAAGGCUUGAUUCAGUACUUUUGGAAAAAGCAGAAACUCAUCAGCAGCUGGUUACUCUCAAGAAAGAAUAUGCUAAAUCAAAACAUGAUGCAGAGGAGUCUGCAAUGAAAAUUGCUGAAUUACAGGAACAGUAUGAAUUAUCUAGUAAUAGUUUUGCCAAAGAAAUUGAGGAAUUGAAGGGUGAAUUGUUGCAGUCACAUUGCAAACACAAAGAAGAAAUUGAAGUUAUGGCAAGUGAGUUGAAAAAUGCAAUAGAUAAACAGAGUGAUCUUACAGAUAUACUGAGUUUGAAGGAAAGCCAAGAAGCACAGAUGAGAAAACUAACAGAAGAAGUUCAGCUUGUACAACUUGCAUAUGAGGAACAGAUUUCUAACUUGCAAAAGGCUUUAAUAAAUAUUACUGAAGAGAAAAACCUAGAAAUAGCAAAACUGGUAGAUGAACAAGAAGACUGCUCUAAGCAACAUAGCAGUGAGAUCCAGAAUCUUCAUUCAGAGCUUCUGAAGGUCAAAUCUUUAUACCAAGAAGAAGUAUCAGACUUAAUGCAAAAGCUGGAAGUUUUAACAAAGGAGAAUGAGCAAGAGAAAGAUGCAAUGCAAAUCUUGGUUAACCAGUAUGUAGAAAAAGAAAAGGUACUUAUCGCGGAGAUAGAGGUGAAUAACCAGAAGCAUGAACUCGAAAUGAGGUUACUAAGAGAAAAAUUAGAAAGAAAUAGCAACGUCUCUGAAAUGUCUAGCAAAGCAGCGGCAAGUGAUGAUAAAGUUGCGCAUUUUGAAAGCGUUUUAAAGGAUCUGGACUCUCAACACAGUCUUUUGAAAGACGAGUUGAUCUACACUAACAGUGUGAAGGCAGAGUUAGAAAUGGAGGUUCAACAUUUGAAGAAUGAAUGCUUUCAUGAGCGUGAGGAAUUAGAAUUUAAAAUAAAUGAACUGCAGCUUGCUAUAGAGGAUUACAAUGGAUUAAUAGAAAAGUUAAAAUCUCAACUUGAGGCUACAAGUGAAGAUUACGAAAGACAGAAAAAGCAACAUGUUGAUGAAAUUCAGGCCAUUAGAGAACAAAACAAAAAAGAGAUCUCUGAGCUAAAGAAAACUAUCACUCUAAGCUUUGAAAAAGAUCAAUCAUCCUUUGCAUGUGAAUUACAGCUUCUCAAGAAGCAGUGUAAUAAACUUCAGCAAGAGAAAGAUGAAGCAGUGAGCAGUUAUGAGAACUUGAGGGAGACCUUAGUUACACUGCAGGCUGAAUUAGGAGAAUCUGCAGGCAAAAUUAGUCAUGAAUUUGAAGCAAUGAAACAGCAGCAAGCGACUGAUGUCAGUGAGCUGCAGCAGAAGCUGAGGGCAGCCUACAGAGAGAAAAAUGACCUCCUUGAAACUGUAAACCGUCUCCAAGUGGAAGCAGAGCAGUUGUCCUGCAAGAAAACGGAAUGUGAAGAGCUUCUGCUUCAAAUUAGUACAUUGCAACAGAAAAAUGAAGACGUAAUUGCAUCUCUGCAACAGAAAGAUGAUGUAGUAAAAGAUCUAGAAGUCAAAAUAAGUGAAACUUCUAUACAAAAUGAGGAACUGAUGGCAAUUAUAAAAUCAUCAAGUGAGGAAAUAUCUAAACUACAGGAGAUAUGCAAAAGUGAGCAAAACCGAGCACUGACUUUACAGCAAGAAGCAGAAAAACAAGCAAAACUUAAUAAUGAACUAAUGGAAAAACUUAAAGAAAUGGAAGAAACAUUACAAGUCUCUGUGAACAACCUGGACCAGCCUUAUCAGGAACCAGAAAUUCUUAAACAAAAGCUUGAAACUACAGUUCAUGACAAAGAAAGACUGGAGGUUGAGUUGAAGAAGUUUCAUGAUGACAUCUUGCAGCUUAACGAAACAAAGGAUAUUAUGAGUAAAGAAUAUGAUGACCUAAUGUCUAAACAUAGAGAUUGUUUCACUUUGAGAGAGGAGCUUGAAAAAUUAAGAAACGCAUUGCAAACGACCACAGAAGAGAGAGACCAAAUAACCAACUUGCUUGAACGAGAACAGAAUCAAGCAGAAACCAUUAAAGCUCAGCUCUUUGUUCUUAAGGAGACUUUGUUAAUUAACGUAACAGAAGAAGACUUGUGUGCUAUUCUAAAAGCCAUUAGUGAAACAGUGUUUCUAAUAAAAGAAGAAAAACAGAAUGCUCUUUUACAGAACAAUGAAAAAUCUGUUCAACUUCAAAGAUUACAGGAAGAUAGCGACGCUCAGUGUGCUGAGCUAAGAGCUGUACUGAGUGACUACUCUAAAGAAAAGGAACUGUUAAGACACGAGUUAGAGGAAAAUGUGGCAGACAAGGAAGCUCUUCAGAAAGACCUGUUAGAGAUGAAAAAUGCACUUGAGAAGGUCAAGCUUGAAAAUGAUAACCUGCUUUCUAAUGUAGAAAGUUUAAAUGUUGAACUGGAGAAUAUUAAACAGAAAGAAGCAGAAGAACUUCAGCAAGCCAGUCAAAAAGUUCAGGAAGAUGUACUGUGCUCUACAGAAAAUACUGAGGCGGAACGUAACGCUCUUCUAAUUGAACUUGCAUCAGUCAAGGAAAUGCUUUCAGAAUCAAAAGCCAUUGAACUUGAACAUCAAAGUUGUAUAAUAGAACUACAAAGCAAAUUAGAAAAUCGUGCGAAAGAAGCUAAAGACAAAGAAGAGAAGUUGAACAAAAUUAAAGCAGUUGCUAUUAAAGCAAAGAAGGAACUGGACUCCAAUAAAAAGGAGGCUCAGUCCAUAAGAGAGGAGCUGGAGCAAGUAAGGGCAGAGAGAGACCGUCUGGCGUCUUCCAUGAAGGAUGUUGUUCACGGCGCAGAAGGUUACCAGAAUCUUUUAAAAGAAUAUGAUAGACAACUGGAGCAAUUAGAAACUGAGAGAGACCGAUCUAAUAAUGCUGAACGUCAAGUGGAAGAGCUCUGUAGACAGCUCCAUGCUGCUGCUGUUGAGCAAGAGAAACUGACCUCUACAAACGAGGACCUUGUAACCCGAAUAGAUACCCUGCAAUCCAACAAUAAGUUACUUGAAGCACAAAUACUUGAAAUGCAGCGAGCCAAAGCUGCCCUGGAUAAAGAAUUUGAAGCUGAAAGGGUACAAAAGGAGCAGAAGGUUAAGGAAGUAAUUGGCUACUUAAUUAAGGUGGAAUGUGGAUUCCAGAAGCCACAUUUAAGUAAAAGGAUCAAAUUAAGCAAAUCAUACAGUUGUUCUUUUUCUAUGAAACAUCCUGGAGACAGAGUAAGAAAAAUGAACAUUAGUUGGAAGGCAUCCCUUCAGGCAACUAUAGAACAAUAUGAGGAGCGGAACACAAAGAUGAAGCAGUUAUUGGUUAAAAACAAAAAAGAGCUUGCAGAUUGCAAACAAGCUGAAUCUGAUCUAUUAAUUCUCCAAGCCUCACUGAAGGGAGAGCUAGAGGCAAGUCAACAGCAAGUUGAAGCCUAUAAGAUUCAGGUGGCAGAGCUGACCUCUGAGAAGCACAAAGCCCAAGAGCAGCUGAGAGUGCAGACUGAGCAGCAGCAGCGUGCCACACACAACUACCAGCAACGACUGUCUGCUCUACAAGAGGAAUGUAAUGCUGCUAAGGCAGAACAAGCUGCAGUUACAUCUGAAUUUGAAAGUUAUAAAGUGCGUGUUCAUAAUGUCUUAAAGCAACAGAAGAAUAAAUCUGCUUCUCAAGCUGAACAGGAGGUGUUUAGACAAGAAAGGGAGCACCUGCAAACAACAUUAGAUCAACUGAAAGCUAAAUUACUGGACACACAGCACACCCUGCAGCUAAAUGCAGCUGAGCUGCAGACUUUGCAGUCUGAACAUGACAUACUGCUUGAGCGUCACAAUAAAAUGAUACAGGAGACUGUGGCAAAGGAGGCAGAGCUUCGAGAAAAACUUUGCACUGCUCAGUCUGAAAACAUGCUACUAAAGACAGAACAUGCACAAACAGUUAGCCAGAUGAGUGCGCAGAUUGAGGCACAGCGGAAUAGUUUCAAGGAUCAAGUAAGGCAUUUUCAAGAAGAUCAUAGGAAGACAGUUGAGACUCUACAGCAACAACUUUCUAAGAUAGAAACUCAGCUCUUCCAAGCUAAGAGUGAAGCCACUGUAACAAGUUCCCAACAGCCUCUGAAGAGUUUGCGGGAGAGAAGACCCACUGACCUUCCUCUCUUGGAUUUGUAUUCUGUGGCAAGAGAAGAUGGCGAAGGAAUGGAAACAACAGACAUUGAAUCUGUGUCCUCCACAAGCACCCAUUUUGCAUCUCUGGAGCAGCUUCUCAGUUCAUCUGAAAUCAGAACAGAGCCUCCUCAUUGGGAACCAGAACUGUCUAAAGAAGAAUUAACCCAGAGGCUUAACACCACAUCUAAGAGUGUAGAUCAUCUGAGUGGACUUCUUCAUGAAACUGAAGCAACCAAUGCCAUUCUUAUGGAACAAAUUACACUCCUCAAAAAUGAAAUUAGACGCCUGGAAAGAAAUCAGGAACGAGAAAAGUCAGUUGCAAAUUUGGAAUACCUCAAGAACGUAUUGCUACAGUUUAUAUUUCUAAAGGCAGGAAGCGAAAGACAAAGACUUCUUCCUGUCAUAGAUACAAUGUUACAGCUAAGCCCAGAGGAGAGAGGAAAACUUGUUGCCAUUGCUCAAGGUGAAGAAGAAGCUGCGUCUCACCCUGCAGGCUGGUCAUCAUAUCUGCACAGCUGGUCAGGACUCCGGUAGUACCACAGACUUGUAUAAAUCUAUACAAUACAUUCUAAAAUUGCACUAUGACAAGCAGGUGAAGAAGUCUGCAUUCCAGAUUGUAGGAGUGAAUCCUUAUGGAACUUUGAAGGCUUUUAUUGUACAAUUAUCAUGAAUCUGGAAUGCCCUGGAAUUCUGUUCAUGUUGUUUAUUUUUCAGAGUUUAUAUUUAACAAUAAUCAUUACAAACCAUUUCCUAAAGAAACAUUCUGCAUUUAAUUUCUAUUGUAUGUUUAUUUUUGCUUUUACUUAUGAAAAUGUUGAAAAGAUCUAUAAAAUAUUAAUAUGUACGUACCCAAACACUUAUCUACACUGAAACAACCUCUGCAUUUUAGAGUUGUAAAGGAAGUAAAACAUGAUUGUGUAAACCAAAUGACUUUAUGGAUUCUACUUAAUGUGAACUACUCUGAGUUUUAUACAUUUUUUUUUUUUUUUUAGUGGCCCUAAAACAAUUGUUAAUAAAAUACAUGGCAGCUGUUCCACUGAAA